CCUCUACCCUCCCUACUGCACUUAGAUACUCUCCAGGCUGUCAGUGGACAUAAAGUUGUUAAGAAGAAGAGCUGCAGCCUCUCAGCAUCAGCACCCAUCAGCACCAGACGUCAACCCCUCUGCUCUGCUCUCCUCUCCGUCCACUGCGGAACAUCGGCCUGUUUUCCUCCCAUCACUCCUCCAGCGGCAGACCCAGCUCGCCAUGGACAACACCGGCAAAGAGAAGGAGGCCAUGCAGCUGAUGGCUGAAGCCGACAAAAAGGUCAAAGCGUCUGGAUCCUUCCUCGGAGGGAUGUUCGGGGGAAACCAUAAGGUGGAGGAUGCCUGUGAAAUGUACGCCAGAGCAGCCAACAUGUUUAAGAUGGCAAAGAACUGGAGUGCUGCGGGGAAUGCUUUCUGUCAGGCCGCUCGGCUCCACAUGCAGCUCCAAAACAAACUGGACUCUGCCACCAGCUUCGUCGAUGCCGGCAACGCCUACAAGAAGGCCGACCCACAGGAGGCCAUCAACUGUCUAAAUCAGGCCAUUGACAUCUACACUGACAUGGGUCGGUUUACCAUCGCAGCCAAACAUCACAUCACUAUAGCGGAGGUUUAUGAGGCUGAGCUGGUUGAUAUUGAAAAGGCCAUUGCUCACUAUGAGCAGGCAGCAGACUACUACAAGGGAGAAGAAUCUAACAGCUCAGCCAACAAAUGUCUUCUCAAGGUCGGACACUACAGCGCUCAGCUGGAGCAGUACCAGAAAGCUAUUGAGAUUUAUGAACAGGUUGCUAUGAGCACCAUGGACAAUCCUCUGUUGAAGUACAAUGCUAAAGAGUAUUUCUUCAAGGCUUCACUGUGCCACUUCAUAGUGGACGAACUGAACGCCAAGCUGGCCAUAGAGAAAUAUGAGGAGAUGUUUCCAGCCUUCUCAGACUCCAGAGAGCUCAAACUGUUAAAGAAACUUCUAGAAGCCCAUGAGGAGCAGAACUGCGAGGCGUUCACGGAGGCCGUCAAGGACUACGACUCGGUGUCUCGUCUGGACCAGUGGUUGACCACGAUGCUGCUCCGCAUCAAAAAGACCAUCCAGGGAGACGCAGGGGACCUGAAAUAG